AUGUACUCGAGGUAUGAUUUCAUUAAGGAUCUUAAUUCGUCGAAGAAGGAGUGGAGGAUUAAGGUGAGGGUGGUUAGGACUUGGAAUGUUCCAAAUUUUCAGCGAAAAGAUUUUGACGACAAUCUGGACAUGGUUCUCUUAGACGAGAAGGGUGCAAGGAUACAUGCUACUGUCAAAGGAUCUCUGAAUGUCCGUAAAAAAAUUUGCGAGGGGGAUGUCUAUUUUAUAAAGAUUUUUGGAGUUGGGUUGAACAUUGAUCAUUUCAGGCCGACUAGACAUGAUUAUCGUCUGUCUUUCAACUUGAGGACGAAUGUCAAAUCGAUUGUGGAUGCUACUAUUCCUGCUUAUGGAUUUAGUUUUGUUGAUUUUGAUGUCAUAGAGAGGGAAUCAACUGAAUUUCCUUAUUUAGUAGUGUCAUUGAUAAAUGUUCAACCUCUCUUCUUUGUAGAUGUCAUCGGUUUGCUGUCAGGUAUUGGAGACGUCUGUGAACAUGUUGUAUCCGGUAGAAAAACAAAGAUGGUUGUUUUAGAACUUGAUGACCUCAGGCUUUCAUCUGAUCCAAUAGAGAGCGGUAUGAGGUUGACUCAAUUGUCUAGCCAAUCAUUGUAUUCUUUUGAAAAUGAUUUUAUGAAAGACACGGAGAGGAAGUCUAUUAGUGACAUUAAGAAUUGCAGUGAGAUUACUACCUGCAUUAUGUAUGGAAUAAUAAAAUCAAUUGAGUCGAAGUACAAUUGGUGGUACAAGUCCUACAAGAAAUGUCCAUAUUCUGUAUGUGAGGAUUUUGAAAAAUGGUUUUGUAAGUAUUGUCAGGAACAUUGGGACGAUUAUUGUCCGAAAUUUAGUGUUCAGGUCAGAGUGGUGGAUAACACUGAUUCUGCCUCUUUCAUACUUUUUGAUAGAGUUUGUGUAGCUUUAUUAGGAAUCGGUGCUGCUGAAAUACGCGAACAACAUUUCAAGCGGGGUGCUGAUUUGGAGCUUUAUCUAGAAGAAAUUAACAUUAUCAAUGACAAAACCAUGUUGUUUAAGGUCAAUGUGAAAAAAAAGCAUUUAGACUCAUUGAACGAGCCAAAGUAUCAAGUUUCAAGGGUUUGCAGCAAUGAAUCUAUUAUCCAGUCAUUUCUUAAGUCUGUGAUGGAAUCAAAUGAUGACACCAUAUUCGAUAAUACGGAGGACAAUGAUGUUGAUGUUGAGAGUCAAACCUGCGAGAGUACAGGAGAUGCAGACGUUUCUCUGUCUCUGUUGUCACCAUCUCUGAAUUUAAACAAUGUUGUUGAUGACAAAUGUAAUUCUUUUAUUGUCCGUCCUUUGAAAAAGAUUAAACUGGAGAAAGAGUUAAGUGCUUGCCGGUUUGAUGGUGAAGCUGGAGACACAAAAUCGGAGGAAGGAUAUCCAUGA